ACCAAACUAAUGUAUAUGCACAGAUAUAACACCAUAAAGCAGAACAAUAUUGAUUUAAAUGAGAGAUUUGUGAGGGGUGUACUCAAAUAUGUGAGCACUGUACUUCAUAACUCCGUUACCCCCGCACAGAAGUCUCCAGGGGGCGAGCACUUUUCCCCUGCACCGCCGUGUCUCCUCCCACCUCAUCAAUAUUCAUGAGCAAAGUUGCCUGCGUGCCGUUACGCUGUGACGACAUGGAAGAACUGCGGGUCCCGAUUGCUGCAGCCGCUUGUCAUUGUGACGAAGAUUGGCACUAAGUUCGUCGACAUCAGAGUUUCUAUUGUUGUAUCAGUUAUAGCGGUGCUGAAGAUCAGCUUUAUAGAAUGCCCCAGCGUUGUCCACGGCAACAGUAACUAUGAUGACAUCCCCAUCGGUGUCCAUGGAGGAUUACCAAGAGGCUGAACAGAUGCAAGUGGGAGAACCGACAGCGGGACAAGUGGAGGAGAGGCUGGAGGAAGAGGAAGAAGAGGAGGAGGAGGAGGAGAGAGACGAAGAAGAAGAAGACAGCGGCUCGGCUCCGUCUGAGCCACAAACUCCUAUGGAGGUCUACAAGUCAGCCAUUUACAGACACCCGCUGUUCCCCCUGUUGGCGCUGCUCUUUGAGAAAUGCGAGCAGUCCACUCAGAGCUCGGAGUGCGUGACCUCGGCCAGUUUCGAUGUGGAUAUCGAGAACUUUGUGCGAAACCAGGAGAAGGAAGGCAAGGCUUUCUUCAGCGAGGACCCUGAUUUGGACAAUCUGAUGGUGAAGGCCAUCCAAGUGUUACGAAUUCACCUGCUGGAGCUUGAGAAGGUAAAUGACCUGUGCAAAGAUUUCUGCAGCCGCUACAUCGCCUGCCUCAAGACCAAGAUGAACAGCGAGACUCUGCUUAGCGGAGAUCCUGGAAGCCCCUAUUCUCCAUCACCGACACAGCCGCAAAACCCAUUCACUGGAGCCAUGAGUCCACAAGGUAUCGUAGUGCCAGCAUCUGCUUUACAACAGGGCAAUGUUACUGUCACAGCGGUCAACCCCACACAGAUGGUAACAGGUGGUACAGUAUAUCAACCCGUUACAGUAGUCACUCCACAGGGGCAGGUGGUCACACAAACUCUGUCACCUGGAACAGUACGAAUCCAGAACUCACAGCUUCAGCUGCAGCUCAACCAGGAUCUGAGUUUUUUCAGUCAGGAGGACGGUUCGUCUAAAGCCAAGAGAGGCAUCCUUCCAAAACACGCCACCAACGUCAUGCGUUCAUGGCUUUUCCAGCACAUUGGUCACCCUUAUCCAACAGAAGAUGAGAAGAAGCAGAUCGCCCUGCAGACUAACCUCACGCUAUUGCAGGUCAACAACUGGUUUAUUAACGCCCGGCGACGGAUCCUUCAGCCCAUGUUGGACGCCAGCUCUUCAGACACACCCAAGAGCAAGAAGAAGACGCCCCAAACGCGGCCUUUACAGCGCUUCUGGCCAAACUCACUCGCCUCUUCUGUGUCCCAGCAGCAGGUCACCAUGGAGGACGGCACCACAGUAACCGUGGGUGUGGGGGAAGACGGCCUGCAGACGCUUUCAUCAGAUGGCGCCACGCUGGCCAUGCAGCAGGUCAUGAUGGGAGGCCACAGUGAGGAUGAUGACGAUGAAGAUGAUGAAGAGGACGAGGACACCGAUCCGUCUCACUCCGACAUGAGCAGACUGGGCCUGGAGACCAGCGACUCGCUGUAGUAGGACUGAACCACACACACUCGCACACUCACGUUAGCAUUGAGAGAGACAACAGAGCACUAAGAAGGAGAUGUCCCACACAAACACACACACACACACACACCUCAGCUGCACACGUCCUCCAGCUGUCAAACAGCCCGCUUGGAGAACAGAGAAAAGGGCUUAAAGCCACACACACACCACAAAACGACCCCCCCUCCCCACACACACACACACACACACAGGUCAAAAAAACAAGACACAAGCACAAGUCUCUCUCACGCAAAGCAUUUCUGACACAGAUUAGCCGAGUGCACUUUUUGUAUGAUACUGUAAACUUAAAGAAAGUGUUCAAAGCACAUUUCGAAAGAGCUAAAAAAGGAAGGAAAUUGAUUUAAAAAAACCAGUUGUUAAUGCUGGAUGAUUGGGUUGUGCUUAUCCUGACGGUCUGGGAUAUUUCCACAACGAGAUUUCGUCUCUUGCAUGCCUGUGUUUGCUUUAAUCAGGCACCAGGAAAAAGAAGGAACUAUUUUUAUAGUACACUGUCACAGAUGAUCGGUGCCAAUAUGUUUGUUUUCUCCGUUUGUUUGUUUUUUGCUCUGGUUUGCUAUGUUUUGUAAGGAGUAUUUAUGUAUGAAAAAGACUUUUAACCUGCUCACCCUGCUUUUUUUUGGAUGGGUGGAUUUGGAUUGUGGUAACUACUUAGUAUAAAGUACACAAUGAUUUGUAUGCUGAAGGCAGAGUUGCUGACGAUGCCUUAUGUUUUUACAUUUCGAAUGCCACAAUGUGAGACAGUCUCAUAUCUGUGGAAACUUAUUUCCACCACCGAAUGAACAAAAAUGUAAUUAAUUAUUGUUCUCAGAAUUGUGAGGUUAUAUAUAUAUAUAUAUAUAUAUCACAAUUUGGACUUUUCUGUUUCUAUUUAAGAAUUACAAACUUGUCUCAUAAUUUUGAGUUUCUCUUUGAAUUCUUAGCUUGACUUGGCCUAUUCUGAGUUGAUCUUUUGCAUAAUUCAACGUUUAUUGCGAUUCUAAGCAUUGUAGCCAUUCUGAGUUUAUCUUGCACAGUUUUGAGCUUAUUACAAUUCUCAGUUUAUCUUUGCGCUAUCCUGAGUUUAUUUUAAUUCUGAGUUUAUUUUAAUUCUGAGUUUAUCUUGCGCAAUCCUGAGUUUAUUUUAAUUCUGAGUUUAUCUUGCGCAAUCUUGAGUUUAUUUUAAUUCUGAGUUUAUCUUGCGCAAUCCUGAGUUUAUUUUAAUUUUGAGUUUAUCUUGCGCAAUCCUGAGUCUAUUUUAAUUCUGAGCUUAUCUUUCGUAAUCUUGUGCAAAUUUAGAUUUUACCUCAUUCACAAUUCUAAGUUUAUAUCUUGCGCAAUUCUGAUUUUAUUGUAAUUCUUAGUUUAUCUUGCACAUUUUUGAGCUUAUUGCAAUUCUGAGUUGAUUGUAAUUCUGAGUUUCUUGCGUAAAUUUUGAGUUCAUCUCAUUCGCAAGUCUAAGUUUAUCGCUUACCAAUCCUGAGUUUAUUGUAGUUCUUAGUUUAUCUUGCUCAAUUCUGAGCUUAUUGCAAUUCUGAGUUGAUCUAACGCAAUCUGAGUUUGUCAUAAUUCUGAGCCCAUCUUGCGCAAUUCCGAGUUUAUUGCAAUUCUGAGCUUAUCUUACGCAGUUCUGAGUUUAUUGUAAAUCUAAUUUUAUCUCUUACCCAAUCAUGAGUUUAUUUUAAUUCUGAGCUUAUCUUAAGCAAUUCUGAGUUUGUCGUAAUUCUACGCUUAUCUUGCGCAAAUUUUGAGUUUAUCUCAUUCACAAGUCUAAGUUCAUCUCUUACCUAAUCCUGAGUUUAUUUUAACUCUGAGCUUAUAUUACGCAGUUUUGAGUUAAUUGUAAUUCUGAGUUUAUCUUGCACAAUCUUGAGUUUAUUGUAACUCUUAGGUCAUCUUGCACAAUCCUGAGUUUAUUGUAAUUCUGAGUUUAUCUUGCGCAAUCCUGAGUUUAUUGUAAUUCUGAAGUUAUCUUGUGCAAUCCUGAGUUUAUUCUAAUUCUGAGUUUAUCUAGCUCAAUUCUGAGUUUAUUGUAAUUCUAAGGUUAGCUUGUGCAAUUUCGAGUUUAUCUUGCGCAAUUCUGAGUCCACUAAAAUUCUGAGCUUAUCUUGUGCUGUUCUAAGUUUAUAUCUUGUGCAGUCCUGAGUUUAUUGUAAUUCUGAGCUGAGUUUAUCUAAUGCGCAGUUCUAAAUUUAUCUUUUACACAAUCCUAAAUUCUGAACUGGCACAGUCCUGAGUUUAUUGUAAUUCUGAGCUAAUCUUGCACAAAUUUUAAGUUCAUCUCAUGCGUAAUCUAGAGUUGAUUUUAAUUCUGAUCUUUUCUUGCAAAAUCCUAAGUUUUUUGCAAUUGCGAGCUUAUCUUGCGCAACUCUGAGUUUAUUUCAAGCAAACCUGAGUUCUUUACAACUCUUUGUCUCUAAAUUCAAAAGGUUUUUUGUAAUUAUUUGUCUUUCUUCAUUCGACACAGUUCUGACCGAAUCUCGUAAUUCUGUUUAUUUAUUGCAAUUUUGAAUCCCACGAUUAUACGUUUAUUUAAUGCAAUUAUGAUGUAACCCAGUUCUUACGAUUCCAGGUUUGUAUCUCACAGCUCUUAAUUUACUGUAAUUUUUUUCUCUCAAUUUUAAUCUGUUCGCUUCUCACAAUUUAGUUUUUCCUCUUGCAAUUCUGAGUUCCUUUUUGUCCUGUUUAUUUAUUCAAAUUGAGUUUAUAUAUUGCUGUUUUAACUGUAUAGCCAUUUUGAAUUUCUCUCGCAAUUUAUUUAUUGUCUUUUUGAGCUGAUCUCUCGCAAGUUUAUUUAUAUCUUGCAAUUCUGAGUUUUUUCCCAAUUACACCACAAUUUAAUAAAUACCACAAUUUUCUUUUUUUCUUCUCAGAAUUGUUCGCUUGUAUCUCACAAUUCCUGUAUUUCUCAGAACUGAAAAAUAAUAAUUGUGAUGGGAAUGUGGUGGAAAUAAGCUUCCAUACAUAUCUGAUGUUACUUCCUGUGCAAUCGACAUGAAUACCGUGGCCAAAAAAACGAUGCAUUUGCAAGGUUGUGAUAAUGUUUAUGAUAUAAAUGCCUGUACUUGUUAUAUGAGAAGGAACUGUUAUCGCUUUUUAAUGAUCAUAUUGCUGAAAACUCCCAACAGAAGCGGAAGAGAGAAGGACGUCGAUCAGACUUUGUAUUUAUGUAUAUUUUUUUGACUCACGAGGGACUCGUCUUUGAUGUUAAACCUCUUUAGCGCGAACAUUAAUGAUGGAUUUCUUUUUAAUCUGCGUUAUCAUGGACAAUUCUCACGUUUUUCACCAUGAAAUCGUGGAUAAAACAAAACAUUUUCAACAUUUAAGAAUUGACUGCAUGUGCUUUCAUUUAUUAUUGUAUUUUUAGAUACCGUAUGCUCACAAUCUAUCAGAAUAAACCCCAUGAGAUACCAAAAUAAGCUGAUAUAUUUGGAUUAUGCGUCUAUUUUGUCCCGUUUUGCGAUUCUACAGCUGUCACUUACUUAAGCUCAUGUAUCCCUGUUAUUUAGCGUGUUCAGAAUGUGCUUUAGGCAGUCUGUACUGAGCGGCUUUUCAUUUCCAGCUGUAGUCUUGUGAAUGUGAUGCCAUCAGUCAGAUGACUAGCUAACCCAAAAGGAGACAGUCGGCUCCGUUAGCUUAGCAUGGGGAGGUUUUCAACGCUGCACUUUUUCUCUCUGCGCUUCUAUAAUCGCUUCUCUCACACACACUCACAAACUCACACACACACAGAUUUGCCUUUCAGACUUUUUGUUUUAUAAUAAAGAACACUGUACCUGAAGGCCACAU